GGCGAGCAGCCUGUUGUGCCAAAAGAGGACAGACGCUCAGACCCUUGAGUGGGAGGCUCGAGUGUGACUGUCAGCUGAGAACUUACACUGUUGCGCUCAACCUUCAAAGACAGUUGGACGCUGAGGUCGGCGGACUCUGAGAAGACGUUACCCUGAUAAUCUACAUCCUUUGGGAGGUCCACCAUCUAAACCAGAAUGGAAGUUCGACGUGAAAAAAAGCACGCCUGCGGGACGAUUUGUCUGAAGUAUCUUCUUUUUCUUUUCAAUGUUCUUUUCUGGCUGGCAGGUGGGGCUGUGUUGGCGGUGGGCGUGUGGACUCUGGUGGAAAAGAGCGACUACAUCAGUUUGCUGAGCUCCAGCUUCUAUGCAACUUCGGCGUACAUCCUGAUAGCUGCUGGAGUCAUCGUGAUAGUGACCGGGAUAAUCGGCUGCUGUGCCACGCUGAACGAGAUGAAGAGUCUUUUGAUUGUGUAUCUGAUCUUGUUGCUCUGUAUUUUCCUUCUGGAAAUCAUUGCUGGUGUUCUGGCAUACAUUAACUACCAAGAGCUGGAUGAAGAGCUCAAACAGAACCUGAAAGUGACCAUGCAGCAGAAAUACCAGCAGCCAGGAGAGGAGAGCAUCACACAGGCUGUGGACAAACUACAUCAGGAGUUUAAGUGUUGUGGUAGCCACAACUUCUCAGACUGGAGCGACAGUGUGUGGAUCCAGGCAGCAGAGAACGAGCGUCUUGUUCCCGAUAGCUGCUGUAAAACUCCAGGUGAACUCUGUGGCCGCAGGGACCAUCCCUCCAACAUCUACAGAGUGGAGGGAGGCUGCAUCAUGAAGUUAGAGGAAUUCCUCUUGAGUCAGUUAUAUAUUCUCGGUGCAGUUGGUAUAGGGAUUGCAUUUCUACAGCUUCUGGGGAUGAUGUUUACAUGCUGCCUUUACCGGAAUUUGAAAGAAGAUCCAUACUAAUUUUGUACUUCCCCCCCUCCCCAUCCAUCUAUUCAUUUUCUUCCAAUUGUCCAAUUCAUGACCGUGGGGAUGGGUGCUGGAGCUUAUCCUAGCAGUCAUAUGGCGAGAGGGAGGGUACACCAUUGGACAGGUCACCAAUCUGUCACAGGGCUAAUACAUGAGGACAGACAACCAUUCACACCAACAGAAUUUAGAAUCACCAAUUAACCCAACCUUGUGCACACUGUCGGUGGAAGUUGGAGUACCUGCAGAGAACAUGCAAACUCCACACAGAAAGGCCCCAGGCUGGAUUUGCACCCAGAAUCUUAUUGCUAUGAUAAUGCUAACCACCACACCACUGUGACACCCUUGUAGGGAUCACUGUAGUUUUUUUAAACAUCACAAAAUUUAACACAACUUCUAAAAUGUUUUCCAAAUUAUUAUAACCCCACCACCCCAAAAAAGUAUUUUUUUCCCCACAGUCCUACGAUGCUGCAUAGUUACUUCAAACACUGCGAUGCUGCUGGACAGCACUGCUCAUUUGUUCUCGCAAAAACAGCUUUGCAUGUGUUUAUGUAUUCUUUAAUUUAGGUCACAAAGGAUUUUUAACUCUUUAAAAUGAGUGGUGUGUAUUUAAAAAGCAGAGCAAUAUGAGCAUGUUGUGGCCGCUUCUCUGUUUGUCUUUUUAAUUGCUUUUUUUAUGUAUAGUCAUUACAAAUGUAUAUUUAAAAAACUAAUAUAAAGAACUAUUUUUCUUCGUUGGAUGCAAAUAAAAGAUACUUCCUUAUAAUUUCCACCCAAAUUCUCAGAUAAUUUCUCCGACUGAACUUUUAUUUUGAAACUUAUAAGCGGAUGUUGUUGUCAGCUGACUGUACACCCUCCUCGCGUAUUUCUUUUGCAUCGUCUCACCCUCAAGGUUUUUCUUUAUAAUUUAAAGCAAAUAUUAUUAAAAUGUCAGCGAAACCAACGUGUUUGAUAGUGGCGAGUGCUUCUUCUCAAGGGGUGUCUGCGAAAUCUUUCCAUCAGUCCUUCAGCCUUUGUAGUCCGGUCUUUAACCUACAGACAGCCACACCAGGGAGCCGGUGUGUGCAGUGGGACAGGGAGUGUCUGCACUGUGUUGUGCCACUGAAGGACAGAGGUGGAUUUUCAGUGGCUACAGCUUAACAGGGCCUUCAGUGUUUGAACUGGUGCGGGAACCUGAUUUUGCCAACCUGCCCUUGAUUGUAGAAGACUUCGUGAAAGACAGCGGUGGAUCGUACACAGCAAGUCAAGAAGAUGCCAUGCAUGUGGUCGUAGACAGGCACCUCAUAACUGGACAGAACAUGCAGUCAACCUUGCUCGCUGUAAAUAAUCUAAUCCUGCUCUGUAAUGCCAAAUAAAAACCUGAAAUAAUA